AUGUGCGCCUCGUAUGGAGAAGAGCAACACGGGUUUAAUCCCAGUUAUGUCUUUGAUGAGCAUCCUACGUUACGGCCCAGUCCAUCACGACCAAACGUCGGCGCCAGGUCACAUUCAUCUCCCUAUACCGAAAAGCCGCCUCUGCCGGGGCAGCCGCUUCCAAACCCGAAUCCAACGGCACGCCACAGAGAGUCAUCGACGAGCGGUCCCUCAGAACCAAAAAGGAUUUUCAAAACCCUCGAGGAAUACAUUACGAAAUCGUUUGGUUCCUUAGACUGUAUCAACUCUUCAUUCUCAACAGAGAAUAGCGGGCGGGAGCGCCAUCCGACCGAGCCAAUUCGGCGCAAACCAGUGCCGUCGCGUGGGAGGUCGCCCUCCCAAUCUACUGAGCUGAACCCUCAGGAGGAGUCCCAAACAGGCAUUGUUAUGGAUGACCUUGACCCGAAGUUGCUCCUUCUGGGCGAUUUUGCAGAGAACGGCUCAUGGUGGACGGGCAGCCGCAGACAACCAGGGCCGACGAAACAAACUUCUACCCGUCGACCUGAAAGCCCUCCCAGGAAACCAGUUGCAAUGAAGUGCCCGAAUCUGAAUUGGGACGAAAUUGACAGCUGGUACUCCACAAUCGUCAAUGCCGCGCAGGACUGGUUUUCUGUGUACGAAGACGUUUGCAAGAAGACAACAGUCAGGGCUCAAACGCAAAGAGAACUCCAGAUUCUGGAACAAGAACUGCUACAAGGGCAAGAACAUACCCAAAGAAUAUUGCUAAAAGCUACAGAACUGCUACUUAAGAGGCCUGGCCGGCCGAUGUCCAAUGUCGGUGAUGUCCGAUUUCUUCUCAUCAUCAUAGCGAACCCUCUUUUGCACGCGGGGUGGAAAAGAUUUUGUGGCAUCUUACAACCAGAGAUUGCGGCCUCAGCCCCCCCUCAAAUAACCUCACCAAAACAACAACUUCUUCCGAGUUCAGGGCUUUUAUCUGGCCAACAUUCAGGAAUAAUUAAGCGAAUCAUCGGCCUCAUAUCCAACACCACCCCCGAGUGCCACAAUCAGCUCAUCACAUGGUUUUCCAAAUUUGAGCGCGGACGAUUUGUUCGCACCAAGGAUCUGGUAUCAGGCUUUCUGAGCUACCGGCUCCUCCGUCAAAUUGAUAAGAAACAGCCCACAGAAGUCGACAUCACGGCUGGUCUGAUACCAGAGAUGCGUACCGGCCGCUCUGGGGCUGGUUUUUACCUACAUGACGAAAUUAGGACUGGGGGAACAUCCAAAAAGAAGGAGCCAGAGCACAAGAUUGCGUACACGGAGGAUUGGCAGAUCAAAGCGGCGUCCCGCGUGCUUGCCCUCAUGUUCGCAGCCAAUAACAUCUCUGGAAACAAACCUGGCUAUUCAACGACAGCAGCGGGGGUGAAUAUUGCGGCCGGGUCAACUCGUGAAUAUGGACACUCUGGGGGACAACUGGUUCCGACCACAGACUUUUAUAACUCAAUGAUAGAUUAUGCUGAUUUGGUGAGCGAUUUCGAGUGCUGGGAGUCGAAACGGUCCAAGUUCUCCUUCUGCCAGUAUCCAUUCUUAAUGAGCAUCUGGGCCAAAACUCACAUCCUCGAACAUGACGCCAAGCGACAGAUGCAGAUGAAAGCACGGGACGCAUUUCUUGACAGCAUAAUGACCAACCGCAAUGUAAAGCAAUAUCUUUCUCUCGACGUUCGCAGGGAAUGUCUUGUCGAGGACAGUCUGGCCGCUGUCAGUGAAGUCAUCGGGAGCGGAAGCGAAGAUGUCAAGAAAGGCCUCAGAAUUACAUUCAGAGGCGAAGAGGGCAUUGACGGUGGCGGGCUGCGGAAGGAGUGGUUCUUGCUCCUCAUCCGAGAGGUCUUCAAUCCGGACCACGGAAUGUUCCUAUACGAUGAAGACUCGCAGUAUUGCUACUUUAAUCCCGCCACGUUUGAAACGUCUGAUCAGUUCUUCUUGGUUGGCGUAGUCAUGGGCUUGGCAAUCUACAACUCUACCAUUCUGGACGUUGCUCUACCGCCAUUCGCGUUCCGCAAACUGCUGGCGGCCGCGCCAGCUCAUGGCCUAGGCAUGUCCUCUCGUCCAAGGCCGUCGAUGCAAUAUACUCUGGAGGACCUGGCGGAAUACAGGCCGCGAGUAGCUCAUGGGCUGCGCCAGCUUCUGGACUUUGAGGGGGACGUGGAAAGCGCAUUCAGUCUUGACUUUGUGAUUGAUGCUGAGAAAUACGGCACGACCGUCGAAGUUCCCCUCUGUCGCGGAGGCGAGCAAAAGGCUGUUACAAAUAGCAAUCGACGAGAGUAUGUUGACCUCUAUAUUCGAUACGUCCUAGAUACCGCGGUGACUCGCCAAUUCGAGCCUUUCAAACGAGGCUUCUACACAGUCUGCGGAGGCAAUGCCUUUUCCUUGUUUCGACCAGAAGAAAUCGAGCUUCUUAUCCGAGGGUCAGAUGAGGCUCUUGAUAUUGCAUCACUGCGGGCUGUGGCUGAAUAUGACAACUGGGGCAGUCGACAGCCGGACGGCACCAACUCCGUAGUUGGCUGGUUUUGGGAAACAUUUCAAGAAGCGACAGCAACGAACCAACGCAAACUUCUUUUGUUCAUCACGGGAAGCGACCGAAUCCCUGCGACGGGCGCCGCUAUGCUGCCGAUCAAGAUUUCGUGUCUUGGCGAAGAUGUAGGCCGUUAUCCAAUCGCGAGGACAUGCUUCAACAUGAUUUCAUUGUGGCAGUAUGGAACGAAGCAAAAGCUGGAGAGCAUGCUGUGGAGGGCAGUGUUUGAAAGUGAAGGAUUUGGUCUGAAGUAG